GGAGGAGGAGCGCGGGAGGAAGGAGAGGAGGAGCGGCGAGCAGUAGCCACGAUCGCCACCACCAGGCAGAGGACGAGUUCGUGAGGAGGGAAAGACCCUCCUCCCACUUGGAGCGCCUGGUGUCUGCUUUCGGAAAAAGAGAAUACAGGAUAAAGGAGGAGAAGGAAAGAAGAAGGGGGAAGAAAGUGAGGAGGGACAGAGAGGGGGAGAAAAAAAGAGAACAGUGAGGGCCGGUGCGUGCAGGGAGCCUGAGGCGCGGGGGCGGCCGUGCCGAGCCAAGAGCGCUGCCGCUUGGGCAGGUGCCGGGCCGCUGCCUGGAGGCGGCAUGUGACGCGGCCGCAGCUGCCCGCGGGCGGAGCGCUCUCGGACCCGGGAGCGCACACCGCGGGGCAAGUCGGUGCCAUCCGGAUCCCCAGGCUCUUCGUGAGUUCGCCGGCGGCAGCCUCGCUUCUGCAAAGACGCGCGAUGAGCCGAAGGGCGGCUCCGGGCAUGGGCGUGUGGUCCUAGGACACUCUCUCCGUGAGUUCCGAGCAGCAGGCGACUAAGGGACGGCGGACCAGGCGCCUCCCGCGUGUCGGGGAGGCGCGGGCGACCGCCGUGGGACAGUCACCUGGAGCGCAGCGGCCAGAUCUGAACAGUGAUGGCACACAUUUCGGUUACGAGUUGCUCAGUGAGCUGUGGGUUGACGGAAGUAUGAGGGUCCCUGUUGUGAUGUACACCUGGAAGACCCUUCACUAGUAGGUUCCCUCUGGGAGAGAUGAGGAGGAAAAGCAGGGAUGAUGUUUCACUUUCAUUUAGGAUGGAGAGCGGCAUCUCCCAACACAGAUCUUUUUGCAACUGUGUUCUGAUCAGAGGCCAAAUAAUUGACAUUCGGAACUUCCACUAAGGUACUAUAAGCUUUCUUGGGGACAUGGCCCCUGUUUUCUUCCUGCAAGAAAAAUUCAGCGCACAGCAGAGUCCUUAGUCAAUUGGAUUGCUUUGAGGAUCCUACCUGGAUUAGGUCAGUGGAGGGAAACACAACCCAGACUCUGUGUUUGUGCUGGCCCAUGCAAGAGGAUGUGGGAACAACUCUCUCUGACUCAUCUUUUCAUGAGCAUGAACAUGAGCAUCAGCACAAACUAUGUCCGAGAAUCACAAUGAGCUUGCACACUAACAGUACAACCUCGCCUUUGUUUCCAAACAUCAGCUCGUCCUGGGUGCAUAGCCCCUCAGAUGCUGGGCUGCCCCCAGGCACGGCCACUCACCUUGGCAGCUACAACGUCUCUCGGGCGGCCGGGAAUUUCUCCUCUGCCAAUGACACCACCAGCGACCCGCUGGGAGGCCACACCAUCUGGCAGGUGGUCUUCAUCGCCUUCUUAACGGGAGUCCUGGCCUUGGUGACCAUCAUCGGCAACAUCCUGGUGAUCGUGGCCUUCAAGGUCAACAAGCAGCUGAAGACGGUCAAUAACUACUUCCUCUUAAGUCUGGCCUGUGCCGAUCUGAUUAUUGGGGUCAUUUCCAUGAACCUGUUUACCACCUACAUCAUCAUGAAUCGGUGGGCUUUAGGAAACUUGGCCUGCGACCUCUGGCUCUCCAUUGACUAUGUGGCCAGCAAUGCCUCGGUCAUGAACCUUCUGGUCAUUAGCUUUGACAGGUACUUCUCCAUCACGCGGCCGCUCACGUACCGAGCCAAACGAACGACAAAACGAGCUGGCGUGAUGAUCGGCCUGGCGUGGGUCAUCUCCUUCGUCCUCUGGGCCCCGGCCAUCCUGUUCUGGCAGUACUUUGUCGGGAAGAGGACGGUGCCGCCCGGCGAGUGUUUCAUCCAGUUCCUCAGCGAGCCCACCAUCACGUUCGGGACGGCCAUCGCUGCCUUCUACAUGCCUGUCACCAUCAUGACUAUUUUAUACUGGAGGAUCUAUAAGGAGACUGAGAAACGUACCAAAGAGCUUGCCGGGCUGCAGGCCUCGGGGACAGACGCAGAGGCCGAGAACUUUGUCCACCCCACGGGGAGCUCUCGGAGCUGCAGCAGCUAUGAGCUGCAGCAGCAGAGCCUGAAACGCUCGUCCCGGAGGAAGUACGGCGGCUGCCACUUCUGGUUCGCCACCAAGAGCUGGAAACCCAGCGCCGAGCAGAUGGACCCCGACCACAGCAGCAGCGACAGCUGGAAUAACAACGAUGCAGCCGCCUCCCUGGAGAACUCGGCCUCUUCCGACGAGGAGGACAUCGGCUCCGAGACCCGCGCCAUCUACUCCAUCGUGCUCAAGCUGCCCGGGCACAGCACCAUCCUCAACUCCACCAAGCUACCCUCUUCGGACAACCUGCAGGUGCCCGACGAGGCGCUGGGGGCGGCCGACCCGCAGAGGAAAGCUGGCAAGCUGCAGGCCCAGAAGAGCAUGGACGAUGGCGCCGGCUUCCAGAAAAGCUUCUCCAAGCUCCCCAUCCAGCUAGAGUCCGCCGUGGACACAGCCAAGGCGUCGGAGGCCAACUCCUCAGUGGGCAAGACCACGGCCACUCUACCUCUGUCCUUCAAGGAGGCCACUCUGGCCAAGAGGUUUGCUCUGAAGACCCGAAGCCAGAUCACCAAGCGGAAGCGGAUGUCGCUCAUCAAGGAGAAGAAGGCGGCGCAGACGCUCAGUGCCAUCUUGCUGGCCUUCAUCAUCACCUGGACCCCGUACAACAUCAUGGUUCUGGUGAACACCUUUUGUGACAGCUGCAUACCCAAAACCUAUUGGAAUCUGGGCUACUGGCUGUGCUACAUCAACAGCACCGUGAACCCCGUGUGCUAUGCGCUGUGUAACAAAACAUUCCGAACCACUUUCAAGAUGCUGCUGCUCUGCCAGUGCGACCGGCGGCGGCGGCGGAAGCAGCAGUACCAGCAGAGACAGUCCGUCAUCUUCCAUAAGCGCGUGCCCGAGCAGGCCUUGUAGGGGGGGCUCGGCCCAGCGCAGCAGCCACGCGCACGCAUCCACCCGCUGACCUCCGGGGAGCGCCGGCCGGCAGUGGGGUGAUUGCCGGGGUGAUCAAAAGGGGCUUGUCUUUUUAUCACCCAGAUAUGAAGGAAGCUGCCUGUUUACUGACCCAGUGAAUAAACCCAUUUUAAUAUAGAAAGACACCAAGUCAGCAAAAAAAACAAAACAAAAACAAAAACAAAAAACAUAUUCCUAAAUAUAAAGAAAUUUAUUCUGAAAUAGACUUUGGUUUUUUUUCCCUCAAAGAGGGGGGGAAAAAUGUUUCAUAGCAAUUCCACACCCAAAUCGGUCUGCUGGGUUCUCUGAAUCCCCGUUAGCACGGGAAAUCUUAGCUGACCAUCACUAGCUGAGCCCGCGGCCACGUUCCUUCCAAGGAGCCCAUGCAGGGCAAUCCAGGUCCCACAAGGAACACAUCAGGCUAGUAAAUCGGUGGUUCAGAAAUUACUUCAUACGUUGCAAAGCUGAACCUUCUUGUCCCAAUAGAGCUUCCCCGUCUUCUUUAGUGUAUUGUUCAACUCUAUUUGUGGACUUGAUUCUUACAAAGUACUGUUUCGUGCAUUUCCAGUUUCGUACCAAUAAAAAUAUACAAGUAUAUAUAUGUGUGUGUGUGUGUGUGAGAGAGAGACUUCUGCACACACACACAGUGUAUAUAAUAUACUGGGAAUCACUGAGCUGGCAAAUUAUUCUUGCAAUAUAUGCUUUCAGUACUUUGAUAACUGAAGUUCUCUAGGAUCCUAACACAACAUAAAAGUGAAAUAAACCCAGUGUAAUGUUUUGGAAACCAGGGCUCCCCCCCAAACCAUCCCGGGGAAUGCAGCAGCGCACAGCCAGACUCUUGAGUGUAAGCCGUGUAAGCCGGGUGCUUUGCUGAUCUCGACAGAGUUCCAGCAAACCGGGGCCCCUCUGAGCGAGCCCCAACCACGAACCACAUCCACGGGGUUGAAUCUAAUCGUCCAAAUCUGAAUGUUGCCCAACAAAAUUUCUGCUAUCUCAGCUGCUUGAAACUCAUAGUGUCGCGCUUGAAUGUCACACGCAGCAAUAUCUAUGGCAAAGCGCCCCGGUGACACCGUGAAGUGGGGGGAGAACGUGGUGUUGGAGGUCCUGCUACCUAGCCCCUUCUAGAUGCAAAAGGGCAUCCCCCUGCGUUACCUAGCUGUGGCCAGCGCUCUCCGGGGUUCCUUGCGCAACCCUCACUCAGUCACGGUGGGGUUCAGGAACUUUCCUGUCCUCCGAAGAAAGUAUUAACACUUUGAAAAGUAUUUCUUCAAGUUCAUUUCCUUAACCUUUUGAAAAAAAUGAUUCUGUAUCUCCUUUGAAUUGAUCCAAAAGCUCAAUGUUGUACUGAGGGGCGGGUGGGAGGGGGUGCCACCGUGGCUUGUCAUUUUUGUCACUGUUGUAGUUGUUGGGGUUCCUUCUUUUCCUUUCACCGGGGCAGUGUGGGGAGCGGGAGGGGAGGGGGCGGGGUGGGGGGGUCGAGAAGAAAUCUCACCUCUGUACAGGGCCUCGGGUCGUGGACCCCGGGCCGGGGUAGAAGCUGCUUCUGUGUUCACUGUGAGCUGGUGUUUACAGGUGACAACAGUGGGUGUGGGCUCAGUGGUGUCUGUGUUUCUGAACUAUUUAAUUUCAUGUUCUGUUUAUAUGAAGAAAUAUUUAUGCAUACUUCACCAAGUGUCUAUUUAAUGUUGAUAAAUAUUACCCUUCGGUCUUCAGCCGUGGUGUCCCUCGAAAGUGAUUCUUUCAAGUCCCCCGAGCAAUCAGUGCAGUCAGUCAAGCUUUUCAUAAGGCUGAGGAGAAGACGACGGCCAUCCUGCUGGCAGCAACAAGUCCCUAGCUCCUGGGGAAUAAAAAAUCAACUGUGACUUUGACGGAAACGUGGAAAAACCACUCUUUCGUUGAACCUGAUGGGAAAUGAACGAAGCAACCCUCCACCUUGGUGUUUGAAAUUACAUGACAAUGGUAAAAAAAAAUAAAUAAA